UGGAAGAUGCGUGGGCGAUUCGUCGCCAACCCGUGGCGCUAUAUCAGUGUCAUUUGCUUUCUGUGUCAAGAUUAUAAUAGUAAGAAAAACGUCAUUUUAUGACCGAGUCACACUAACAGUCCAAAUAACUAACUAAAGCUGACCUUGACGACAAAUGCGAAAUUUAAGAGGUAUUUGGCCAGUGCGAAUUGGAAGUUUUAAUUAUGUCUAAUUCUAAACUAAAUAAAUACUAAAGUACCUAAAUGAAAGAGUUUAAAAAGUUUAUUAAACGAACAAUUACAUAUUAAUAGAGAUGACGCAAGAUAUAUGGAAUCUCUAGUUUGCAUCUCUGAUUUUACAACUGGUUUCUACAAUACACCAGAAUUCCGAGCUAAACCACGGGAGAUUAUAAAACAAAUCAAUCAAUCCAAGAAUAAUAGGCGAGAUGUAUCGACAAACAAUGUUGUCUGAUAUUCCCGAAAUAUUAAAAGUUGGCGGGAGAGAUGGUUAUCAAUGAGGUUCAGUUCAGCGGAGCGCGGACCGGGAAGACCACGCGCGCAUCAUGUCUGUGAAAAACGUCAAAAAGAAUAAGAUAUUCCGAGAAGGAAGUGCGCGAUGGUGCGGUGGUAUGGGCCAGUUGGCAGAAGAUUCGGAUGACGAUGACGUAGAGGCAGGGUUCAUAUCUAGCGACGAGUCGGGCCAUGCCGCCGACCUCGCCGAAAGACUAAGAGUAAAGCCUUCCAGAGACAUUUGGGAAUUAGAUGAGAUUCUGCAAAGCUUGAACCAACUUCCCCACGCAGAUGAGAUAUCUACAUUAAUAGAAGCUGGACAAUGUGAUACUACGUUAAGCCUUGUUGCCGAAACUGAGGCCGACAGAACUGCAGUCCUGUGGGCUAGUUGGCUCGGGCGAAGUUGCGUCCUUUACCGGCUUUUGAAAGCUGGAGUUAAUCCUAAUAGCUGUGACAACAGUGGCAGGACCUGUUUACACUUGAGUUGCUUAGUAGGAAGUGAAGACUGUGUCAAAUUAUUACUAGAAUACCAUGCAGAUCCUAACAUGUGGGAUUCCUACAGCGAAAGAAGAGCUACACCACUGCACUGUGCUGCCAGUGCCAAAUCGCUCGCUUGUGUCAAGGUAUUAUUAGAACACGGCGCAGACGUAAACGCAGGUCUUGAUGACCGCUCCCCACUGCAUUAUGCUGUGUUAAGUGAUGCGACCGAUGUGGUCAGCUCAUUGUUAGAAGCGGGAGCUUGUCCAGAUACUCCUCAGGUGUUUACUGAGACCCCUCUGCAUGUCGCGGCGUCUCUAGGCUUAGCAGCAUGUGCUAAGUUGCUGUUGGACGCUGGAGCUGACGUCAGAGCCGCGGUGGGCCCCAGUCGGGCGACGGCGUUACACCUGGCAGCAGAAGAUGGACACGCCGAAUGCGCGAGAAUACUGCUAAGUCACGGAGCACACAUUGAUUGGCCUAACUUUAGGGGACAAACUCCACUUCAUUUAGCGGCUUUGGCUCAAUCUGUAGAAGUUGUCGAGUUAUUGGUCGGAAGGUGUGCUAACGUUCGAGCUCGAGAUAGUGAUGGUAGAACUCCUCUCCACGGCGCUAUAGUAAGAGGAGCCAGAGCUUGCGACGUAGCAAGAUUACUACUCUCAGUGGGGGCAAACCCAAACGCUCCUGACAAUUUCGGAUACACUCCAUUGCACAUCGCUGCCUUGAACGAGUUUUCCGCCUGUGUUUUGUUAUUAUUAGAUUAUGGAGGUGAUGUAACUCUUCGGACCAACGGUGGGGUAUCGGCGCUUGCAUUUAUUGUUCGGCGAGUGCCCGAUGUGAUCCCGCGGUAUUUGAGCAAGUUCGACGACGCUGUGCAUGUCAGUGAACACGAGUUGGGAGAUGUGGACUGCGAGCUGACGAUAGACUUCAGACCGUUAGUACCAUGUCUGUCUCGAGGUGAAGCGGAACUGCUUCUAGCCUUUAUUGAGGUUGGCCGCAAAGAUGUUUUAAAACACCCCGUGGCUGAAACUUUUCUAUUUCUGAAAUGGCGAAGAAUAAGAAAAUUUUUUGUCCUCAGUUUCAUUUACCACGCUCUCUUCAUCACUCUGUACAGUUUAUAUAUUCUCCAAAUCUUUCUGUGCGCCGACGUAACCUGUGAUGUACCGACGUAUCUCAGACCAGUUCAGUAUCUCAUCCUUCUGCUAAAUCUCUGUUUUAUGUCCAAGGAAAUAUUCCAGGCUUGCUUGGAUUGGUCGGCAUACGUUCGCCAAUGGGAGAACUGGUUGCAAUGCGUCAUUGUUAUUGGAGUCUUCUUAUGCACUAUACCAUAUUGGGACAUGGACCGGGGGACCAUAAGGUCAAACACGUCAGACUGGCAGCACGACGUCGCGGCAGUCACGAUAUUCUUCUGCUGGCUCGAGCUCAUGAUGAUCAUCGGACGGUUCCCAACCUUUGGGUUGUACGUACAAAUGUUUACCACAGUGACAGUAAACUUCGCAACGUUCCUGCUGGCUUACAGCUGUCUCCUCAUAGCAUUUGGGCUAGCGUUCAGCGUCCUGUUUAGCAACUACCCCGCGUUCCAACUACCCGCAGGACUGGUGAAGACCGUCAUGAUGAUGUCCGGCGAACUCGAAUACGAAGACAUAUUCUACAACAACUGCACCAACUCUCAAAUACAGUACCCUCUGACAGCCCAUGGGAUGUUUCUCAUAUUUGUGCUCUUGGUUACUGUUAUACUGACGAAUCUGUUGGUCGGUCUGGCUGUGAGUGACAUCCAGGCGUUACAAGAAAGCGCAGGUCUGGACCGACUGGUGCGGCAGACGCAGCUGGUGGCGCACCUCGAGAGCAUGCUGUUUAGCUCCCUGCUCACGUGCGCUCCCAAGCAGUUGGUGGCUGUGCUCCGCUGGGGGGCGCUCCUGACCGCCUCACAUACGAGAACACUUAACAUCAGACCUAACGACCCGCGAGAGAACAGGAUACCAAAAGAACUUGUUGCCUCCGUGUACAAGAUGGUAGCCAGUCGUAAGAACACAAAGAGAAGUAUACGAAAGAACAAUAACUACGAAUGUAAAAUAAGGAAAUGCAAAGAGGAAGAAGACAAUGAGAAAGUUCAGCAGGAACAUGUUAAAAGAAAGAGCUAUCUAUAUGACCGUUUCUCGUCUGAGAGUCAGCAUGUGGAAAGAAGAAAAAGAACUACUUCUAGUUCUACAGAAAACAAACAAAGACCUGUAUCUUUUAAUAUCAAUACUAUACAAGAAAUAUGUAUGGUUGACAUAAAAAAUCAAUUGGCAGAUUUAAUGAAAAAAGUUAAUAAACUGAUUGAAGCUUCAGAGUCAAGAUUGAGCUUGAUCGAAAAGAAGUUGGACGAUAUUCAGCCACCAUGAGAUUACAUAUUUUUUUAAUUUUAUAUUCUUUAGUCUCGACACUAUAUGCAUCUAUAUGACAAUUAUUUUUGCAUUCAACUUCUUUAUAUAAUUUAAAAGUUUAGGGGAUAUGUCACAUCUGAUUUUAGUAAAAUAAGUGCCUAAUCUAGUCAUUAAGUUUAUUUAAGUGGAUUUUUAUACAUUAUUUAUAUUACGAGUAAAUAUAUUUGGUAUAUGU